UUAUUAUCUUGUGUCCAUAUUUUAAUAAGAAUGGACAGUAAUAAUAUUAGUUAGUAUCAUAUCAAAUUUGUUUUAUUGGAUACUUCAUUAGUUUCAACAACUACAUUUUUUACUUACGAUGAUCAAUGGUUGGCUGCAAAUUUAUUCUUUUUAGAUUUUUUCUUGCCAAUUAGAAAUACCCUAAUGUUGUUAUUUUUAGAUUGACAUAGUUAUAUUUAAUUGAUAACUAAUUAUUUCGUUAUUUAAUAAAUAUAUAAGAAAAUCUGAGAAA